UCGUCAUUCUCGUCAUCGUUCUUCGUCUGCGUUUUCUGGAUUGGAGGCCAAGACCAACGUCGCAGGCACUCGCACGCACCUACACACGCACCACGCACACCUGGUUCCAUUGAGUGAACCGGCUGUUCGUGUGCACACAUCGUCCAUCACAAGUUCAUUUUCCUGCAUUGUGACACGAACCCAGAUCAAGCACCCAUUCAAGCCACACGCUUACAAGCCACCGAUCGAACACCACCACCAGCUGCAACCUCAAGCCAAGCCAAGCCAAGCCAAGCAUAGCCAAGCCCAGCUCUCCUUCACCCGUCUUCCCGAUAUCACCCACACGAACCAAGUUCACCCACCGCCUUCCAUCUCGGCCGCUUCACAUCAUUGAGCAAACCUUCCGUCCGACCCUACUACGCACGCGUUACUUCCGGCGUUUCCUCGAGUCUAGCGAUUGUUCCCCCAUUGACCCGGCCGCUCUAACCAUUGAGUCCAUCUACACCCUGACCUUCCUUUGCUGAUUUGUUGAUUUGAUUGGAACCGAGAACACCACCACAACCACCACCACCACCACCACCGUCAAGAUGAGGACAACAGCAGCCGUUGUUGCCUUCGUCAUCGCCCUGACCCUUGCCGUCGCCGCACACGGCGCCCACGUCGAGCCCCCGCGCCCAAAUGGCAAGCGCACCUCCCUCUCCGGCGCUGCGUGCAUGUCCACGUGCCGCGUCCGCCCCCACACGCUCGAGCUCAUUGCCGAGGAGCAGGAGGCAGCCGCAGCAGCAGCACCCAUGGGCGGACAGACCAGCAGCCGCUUUGGAACCUUUGAGGACCUCCUCAUGGGGCUGAGCAACUUUGCGACGUGCGUUGUGGACCCUUCGCUCUCGCCGUCCUCUGGCGCCUCAUUCAACAACAGGUUCGCCUUUGCCGCCCACUCGGCCUCCCACAAGCCCUUCUUCACCACGCGCACCGUCACCGUCGGCCCAGGCAGCGACAGUAGCAGCGACAAGCACGUCUUCUUUGUGUCGUCGACACCCAACUGCCCCGUCUGUGUUGAGCACUCGGACCACGCCACGGCUGCCACGCACGACCCCAGCACCCCGUAUGCCCACCGCUGCAACGGCACGUGCCUCGACCUGUGCACCCCGCAGUGGGCCGCGUUUGACGCCUUUGUCAUGGAGCAGAAGCAGCAGUUCCAGUUCAAAAACGUGUUCAACACGACUUCCGAUGGUGCUGACGCGUCGCUGCGCCGGCGCCGUGACAUUGGCGACUUCUUUGACGACGUGACAGACACGCUGGACGAUGCGUUCAACGACGUGAUUGACACGGUUGGCGGCGCCUUCCAGGAUGCCGUAGAUGACCUGCAGGAAGCCUUUGUGGACCUUUCCGAUGACAUUGUCGAGACCAUUGGCGAGCAGUUCAACGCCCUCUCCGAACACCUCCAGGACAUUGUGCGGGGCGUGACGAGCAUCACAGAGGCGUCCCUGGAGGACCUGAGCGCGCUUGGCCAGGACAUUCUUGGGCAUCUGCGCGCCGUCGGGGACAUGACCAUUGCGCAAAUCGGCCACAUUGCACAGCGGCUCGUCGACUUUGCAGAGGAGAACCUUCGCAACUUCAUCAACAUGAUUGACCCGUCUGUGUUUGAGUCGACGCUGCAGGACUUUGGCUGCGAGCGCCGCUGGGCGCCGUCCCAGGCCACCAUGUUCAUCACCCGCGCCGUCGACGUUGUUGGCGCUGUCACGGGCUGGGACGUCGACCGCUUCCGCGAAAUGGGCUCUCUCAUCCGAGGCCUUGCACGCGGGGACAUUGAGAACCUUGAGCCGCUGCUGAUUGACUCUGCCGUGCUCAUCGCCAGCGGCAUCACAGGCAUCCCCCCAGACACCGUCGAGGCCCUCGCUGAGCGCGUUGUGGACAUUGUCGGUCUCGUCUCCACAUGGAACAGCACAGACUUCCGCGCCAUUGGCAACGUGGCGUCGGGCCUGGCCGACGGCGACCUGCAGGUGCUGGCGGACUCGUCGCACCUCAACGCCCUGGCCCGCGUCGCAUUUGACGUUGACCUGAACCGCAUCACCACCAUCGCCUCGCGUGGCAUUGAUCUCAUUGGAGGCGCGUCCAGCGACAACGAGGAAGGGUGGCAGCAGGUUGCACAGUUUGCCUCUGGCAUUGCCGCCGACCACCUUGAGAACAUGGGCGAGACCGGCAUCCGUGCGCUUGGCCGUCUGCCCGACACGGGGCUCGACCCGGCCCGCCUCAACAUGCUGCUGGACCGCGUCGUGGAGGUGGUUGGCAUGCCCAGCCAGUGGGACGACGGCGCCUGGGACGACCUUGGCCUGCUCGCCGUCAACUUUGCCACGGACGCGCUGCGCAACAUCAGCAUGACGGGUCUGCAGACGCUCGGCACCGUCCUCGACAUCCCAUUCGACACGGCAGAGAUGCUGCUUGGCGAGGCCAUUGACCAGCUCGGCCCCAUCACGGAGUGGAGCACGGAGGACUUUGGCGUUGUCGGCAACAUCCUCAAGGCCAUUGGCGUGGACGUGGUUGCCGACCUGAAUGAGGAUGCCCUCAUGUUCCUCGUCGACAUUGCCGACCAGCUGCCCCACGACGUCCUCUCCGCCGUCCUUGAGCGCUUCAUGGCCCUGCGCGGUGUUCAGCUCGAGGAGUUUGCACUUGAUCUUCUUGAGCAGCUGCAGCCGGCCCUGGCUGCCAUCCCCUCGGAGACCAUUCGCCGCCUGCCUGCCGAGGCCAUCAUGCUGGUGGAUUCCAUCCACGACCUCUCCCACAACCAAGUCGAGGCCCUCCUUGCCCGCGCCGUCGAGCUCUUUGGACCGGUUGAGAACUGGAGCGCGACCACGUGGCAGGCAUUCCCCGAGCACGCGGCGGACUUUGCUGCCAUGUCCCUCUCUGACCUCACCCCGUCCUCCCUCUCCGCCCUUGGCAACGACCCGCUUGCGACGUUCUCCAACGCUGCGCUGAUGACGCUUGGCCCGCGCAUCACGGAGCUGCUUGGCUCUGUUGACAGCCUCACCCCGCAGCAGCUGAGCGACCUCGGUGACAUGCUCAAGGCGCUCGCACCGCAGGACCUCAUGCACAUGACGACCGACCUCAUUCCCUUCUUGCGCGACGUCGUGCCAGGCGUUCUCGACGAGGCUGUGUGCCUGCUUGACUUUGCCUGCGACGACUCGCUCGGCCUUCCCCUGCAGGACCUCCCCCUCUGCAACGAGCAGCUUCAGGUCAUCGGCCUGCGCCUGCGGGAGCUGCUUGGCGAAGUGAGCACGUGGAACGCGUCUGUCCGCGCAUCUGUUGGCCCGCUCGCCAUCUCCCUGUCCCCGGCCGAUAUGGGCCAGCUCCCCACCGACGCCCUCACAGACAUUGCCAGCGUCAACUGCCUUGGCGACUCGCUCGUGGAGUGCAUUGUGAAGCGUGCCAUGAACCUCCUCGGCAGCGGCGACAGCAUUGCGUCAUGGACCUCCAGCGAGCUGCGCAUGCUUGGAAACGCCAUCCGUGGCCUUGAUGCCGCCGCCCUCCGUGGCCUCUCCGCCAGCGUCGUCGUGGACGCACUCGACAACUUUGUGUCUGUCCAGUGGAACUCCGACCAGCUUGCAGCCCUCGCUGACCAGCUCAUCGAGGCGCUUGGCGACACUGCGGACUGGUCUGCGGACAUGGUUGACCGCGCCGGCGCCAUCAUUGCUGGUCUCGACGACAUUGACCUUGCCGCUAUUCCCGCCCGGGCCCUACGCCGUAUCAGCGACGAGGUGUUCACCCUGCUCUGCGAGAACCAGAAGCUGCACGUCAUGACCCCGGACCAGCUUGCCGUCGUCGCCUCCCUCCGCACCAGCCUUGACUGCCCCGUCGAGGAGGGCCUUCUUACCUCCGCCCAGAGCUCCGCUGUCACUGAGGUGACGAACAACGGCGGUGACUCGAACGGCAGCGGCAGCGGCAGCGUGUCCUCCGGCACCGUCGCAGCCGCCGUCAUUGUGCCCAUCGUUCUCAUCGCACUCAUCGUCGCAGGCGUCUUCUACUACCGCAACAAGUCUGGCAGCGGAAGCAGCAGCAGCGGGCGACCAAAGAGCGGUUCUGUGCAGCGCCGCGUCAAGGACAUUGAGCUGCAAAACCAAACAACCGCCUAGUCGCCCAACCAACCAACCAACCAAACAACCAAUCAACUAAUCCAUCACUUCCAUUCAUCUCCGCACCCGCCUCCCCCGCCCAAACACCAAAGUUCAUUAUCAUCCUCACCAUCACCACAUUGAUCGACGUGUUGUUGGACCCCUCCAUCCACCGUCGUUGUUCAUUCCCCUUGACCACCUUGUGUGAUAGAUCCUCCAUGUGGUGUUGAGCGUGCUCGUGUUAUGUCUUCCAUCGUUGCAUGUCAUUCACUGUCCUGUUUUUCCGCCCUCGUGUGUCGAGGCUUUUUUCUUUUCAUUUUUUUCUGUUCUUUCGUUUCUUCCCAUCCUACACCCUGCAUCCCCGUGUGUGUGUGUGCUUGUGUGUGCUUGUGUGCGUGCCGUUGGUGGUAUGUGCACUGCACAGUGGUAGCUUGCGUGCGUGAGUGCUUGUGCGGUGCAAGUCAACAGAUGGGGUGACGUUGUUCAUUUCACAUUUGUUGUCGUUUCUCGCAUUGUGUGGUGACCGAUGGGAUGAGCGAAUGUGCUGGCGCCUUCCAUGUCCAACCAACCACAACCUUUCGGUCACAUGAACACCGAGUCAACGAAACGAGACACAAUGAAGCGCAUGUCACAACUCAUCUCGCUGAUGGUCACGCUCAUCUGCCAAUCCUCAAGUCUGUUUACAUGAUGGCGCAGCCGCAACAACAACCAAUGAAUACACAUGAAACACACA